AUGUAUGUAUAUUUUGGUUAUAAAUAUUUGUAAUUGAGGCAGCUGAAAACCUCCAAAGCCCUGUCUACCUAGAAGCUCCAACUUCUUUCCCGUUUUGCGUGUCUAUUGUGUCCACAAAGAGAGAUGAGAAAGCAAACAGAUAGUGCACGUAAACAAAGAUUGGCACUAGUCCCAUGUCCAUACCAAGGCCAUAUUAAUCCAAUUCUUCAACUGGGCAAAAUCCUUCAAUCCAGAGGAUUCUCCAUUACAAUUCUUCACACCAUUUACAACUCUCCAAACCCCCAAGCCCACCCUGAUUUUAGCUUUUUUCCUAUACCAGAAGGCUUAUCAAAAAGUGAUAUUUCAUCUGGGGAUUUAGCUCAUAUUGUGACCACAAUUAAUGACAAUUGCAAGGUCAGUUUCCAACACCUCAUGGAACAACAAGAAUCACAGGAAGAUGAUAUUGCCUGCAUCAUCUGGGAUGAAUAUAUGUACUUCUCUGAUGCAGUAGCUACUAAUCUCAACAUUCCAAGCAUCAUUUUCCGCACCAGUAGCGCCGCCACUUUUCUAGGUCGCUGUGCUCUUCUCCAACUUCAUGCACGAGGUCUUAUACCUUUCCAAGAUUCUAUCCUACAUGAGAUGGUGCCAGAGCUUUAUCCCCUCAGAUACAAGGAUCUACCACUCCCCAUAUGUUCAGAGUUUGAAUCAUCAGUGCCACUCAUUGUUGACUCACACAAGAUUAGGAAUGCUUCUGCAAUCAUUUGGAAUACUGUGGAUUGCAUUGAACAAUCAUGUCUAAUGCAAAUCAAAAAAGAACAUUGUCCAGUUCCAAUCUUCCCAAUAGGCCCUAUGCACAUGAUUGCCCCACCCAACUCUGUUAGCUUACUCAAAGAGGGUACCAGUUGCAUCCCAUGGCUAGACAAACAGUCCCUUAACUCGGUUAUUUAUGUAAGCCUUGGGACCAUGGUAUCCAUAGGUGAGAAAGAAGUAGCUGAGAUGGCUUGGGGGCUGGCCAACAGCAAGCAGCCUUUCUUGUGGGUGAUCAGACCCGGUUCAAUCUGUGGUUCAGAUUGGAUUGAGAAAUUGCCCCAAGGGUUUAAAGUUGGUGUCAGAGAGAGAGGAUGCAUUGUGAAAUGGGCACCUCAGAAGGAAGUUUUGGCACAUAAAGCUGUAGGAGGGUUUUGGAGUCAUUGUGGUUGGAAUUCGACUCUGGAAAGUAUAUGUGAAGGAGUUCCAAUGAUAUGCAAUCCGCAUUUUGGUGACCAAAGUGUGAAUGCAAGGUAUGUAAGCCAUGAAUGGCGGGUUGGCUUAGAGUUGGAGAACCUGGAAAGAGGAGAGAUAGAGAGAGCUAUAACAAAACUGAUUUUGGAUGAUGAAGGGAAGGAUAUUAGGGCAAGGGCUAAGGAUUUGAAGGAGAAAGUGAAACUUUGUACAGGGGAAGGUGGUUCUUCCCAAAGUCACUUGAAUGAGCUUGUGGAUUUGAUCAUGUCCUUUUAGAAUUUUUUUUAUUUUUUCCAAAUAGAUCAUGUCGGUUUAGUUUUUGGGGUAAAUAUCAUGUUCGUUUGGUUGAGUAAGGGAACAGAAUGUCAUUUCAAUUUUA